AUGGAGACACGUGUUAAUUACUCGCUCAAAUCGCUUGUCGACGGAUGCCGGCACUAUUCGGUUGACCUUGCGACCUGCCGGGUGUUUACAUUCGAGCCGAAAGAAGAAGCGCUUAGCGGCGAAGCAUCCGUUUCGAACUCAGCUAGCAAUGAUGGCUCGUCACUUACGAUACGUGUGGCUGCAGUGCCUCCGGAGAAGCAAUCUGCUACAGUGAAGCGACGCAAAUAUGAAGGCGGCUUCUCCAUAUGGGAGAGUACCUGGUUCCUAGCUGCAUUCCUCCACGAGGAAAUGAAGACCAGACGAGGAGGCUACGCAAUCGACCUGGGUUGCGGUAAUGGAAUCUGCGGCGUCAUUGGGCUGCAGCACAACUACAAUGUCCUCUUCCAGGACCUCAACUGGGAUGUGCUCGAGGAGUCGGUCAUACCGAACUGCAUUCUUAACACAAUCGGUACCAACGCAUCUGCAUCAACUGCUUCAGUAAAGGGGCAUCUGCAGUCUGGAGAGAAGGGACCGAGCCCAUCAUAUCGCAAAGGUGCCGCUGCGGAAACAUGCAACGAGAAUACAACCAUUAACCAACCCGUAAACAAUGAGACAUCUGAGGCGUCAACGGAACAAGGGGUCGAUGACCUAUCAGCAACUGAAACAAAAGACGGAAAGGCGGAGCUGGACUUCGGUGGAAAACUGGAUGUCGACAAGGCUGAAAAUUAUCAAUUUGGUGUUUUUAGAUGCGGUACUCGGAGAGAAACCCCCUUAUCUAACGAACUGCCUGGUGACAAGACCACGGACCAGCACCGAAACGGACUGGAGUUUGAUCUUAUCGCAUGCUCAUGGGAAGACAUGGCCAACCUAGGUGACAGCAUCCUCUCCUCUAGAAAGGAAGCGUGUGAAAUCAUUUUUGCGAGCGAAUGCCUCUACCGCACGGAGAGCUACCCCGCUAUUGCCGCCGUGCUCAGGACGUUACUGAGGCCGGCAGAAGGGGUUGCCUUCAUCGCCACGAAGAGAUUCUACUUCGGGUUGGACGGCGGCACGUUCGAGUUCAUCACAUUCAUCAACGGCGCGAAUGAAGGCACGACACCGAAGCUAAAGGCGUCGAUACGCAAGUCUCACACACCGCAAGGAAGUGCAAACGUUAUUGACAUCAUCGAGUUGAAAUCCGACAUUUGUGUGCGGGUGUCCUGUAGUCCUUACCGCGUAGAUGUGAGUGUUCCUCGGCAAGGAAGAAUCGUUCAACUUCUCCAAAGCUCCAUUGCACGAAGUGUGAAAGAAUCGUGGAUAUCUGUUUGA